AUGUUGGCUUUGUGUGUUGUGGCUAUUUUAUUCCAUUCCACUGAAUCAUUACAGAAUUACAGCGUUGGUGAUCCCCAAGCUUGCAAUAUUGGGAAUGGAAAUGAGAAUUUCAUGUUUGAGGUCCUGCCUGGCUUUGGUUGGGACAAUCUAGUGAAUGAAAAUCGAGGAGUUGUGGUCAACUUUAAUUAUUCAAAAUGCAAAACAACAGAGGACAGAAAAUACCUCAUUCCAGACGGUGUUGUAACCAUUCCUAUCAAGAAGAGUCAGUUGAAUAUCUUCUCGAAGGUGUAUGAUCACUGGUCUCAAUAUGAAUCAGAUACAGCGUUUUCUAUCAAUGUUGGUGGUUCAGCUAGUAUUGCAGGAAUAAAAAUUGCCGCAAGUCUGUCCACUGAGUAUGAACACAUUAAAAAACAUCAGCUGGAGGAUAAAUCAUUCACAACAAAAGUCCAAGCACGAUUCGUCCGGUAUACCGCCAUAGUUCUUCCCGAUCUACAGUUAGAUAGAUCUUUUCGCAAACGUCUACUGAAAAUAGCCAAUCAUAUUCAACAUAAUCGAAAAUUGUCCACAAAAUAUGAAAGUGAACUCCUGGUUCGAGAUUUUGGAACUCACGUCCUUACAAGUGUGGAUGCUGGAGCGUCCAUUGUCAAAGUGGAUCAAGUAGAUUCCUCUCUGCGUUCGGAUACAGAAAUAGAUAAAGUACAGAUCGGGUUUGCAGCAAGCGUCUCUUUUUUUGGAAUUGCAAGUAUAAAUACUAAAACGCAGUACUCACACUCCAAAACUACUAUUGAAAAAUACAUGAAGAGCAUUAAAAACUCGGAUAUAAGAGCUUAUGGUGGUCCACCCUUGAGUCCUGAAAAUUUCACGCUUAGCAAAUGGACAACUGCUAUUGGAAAUGAUUUGGUAGCGGUCGAUAGAAAUGGGUUUCCUCUAGACUAUGUCAUCUCUACAGCUUCACUUCCUGAACUAUCUGAAAGUUUGGUCGAAGAAAUUGUUCAGAGCGUUCGAAGUGCAAUCUCGUCCUACUUCCUUCAUAACACGUAUCCAGGAUGCACCAAUCCAGAUGCGCCGAACUUCAGCAAAAUUUCAAAUUUGGAUGACGGUACCUGUCAUGCACCUCUAACGAACCUCAGUUUUGGUGGAGUUUUUCAAGAAUGUAUCUUUAAGGGUGCCUUAAUUAACAAUGAAAACCUAUGUGACAAAAUAACGACGAAAAAUUCGCAAACACAGGAUUUUAAGUGUCCAGUUGAAUUUGAAAAGGUUGUACUUUUUAAAGGAAAAACAGAUAAAGCCCAGCAUGAGCACAAGUGUCAUAAAUGUUGGCUCUUCUUCACAUGCUGCCAUGAUCAAUCUUAUUAUGGCUUAGCAACAUACACAUCAUACUGGUGCCGUGCAAAGCCAAACACACCUGUUCAAGAAAACAGCGGGUUUCUCUUUGGAGGAUUGUACUCAGAUAGAACCAGUAACUUUGUAACACAAUCAAAAUCAUGCCCGCAGUAUUAUAACCCAAUGACAAUUGCCUCUAACAUCCGUGUCUGCAUCAGUGAUGAUUAUGAACUUGGCGCCAAAUCUGCCGUACCGUUUGGGGGUUUCUACAGUUGUCAACAUGGAAACCCUUUAGUUGAUGGUAAAUACACAAAAUCUUGUCCUAAAGGAUUUAGCAACCACUUAGCCACCGUUGACAACAACUGUGAAAUACAAUACUGUGUACGGACUAGUCAACUGUCCGAGUUAAAAUUUCCAACAGUGCAACUUCCACCGUUUAUUGGAAUCCCAGCAGAAAGCUUAGCAGAACCAGCAAAUUACAUAAUUUCCCAUGACUCGGAAUCCUGGAUCCAACUUAUAAAUCCCGAAACGAAAGCCAAAAAGCCCGAUGAAUCAACUUGGACAACUCUGAAUUCUGCACCAACAGAGAUGGCUGUCCUGAUGAAGAAAUUCUCCAGUAAUCACGUAGUCAGUGAAAAUGAAGAUUCGGGGAUGUCCAAAGGUGCAAUUGCAGGCCUCUCUGUUGGCUUAACAACUGCUAUUUGCUUGUUGCUAGGAAUUCUCAUAGUUAUUCGACGUAAUCGAAGACAGCGGAAAAUCUAUGAGAGUUUUGAUUGAACUUUAAGUACGAUUUGAUCAGUCUAAAAUUUUGCUUUAAAAACAAAACUGAAAUUUCUAAAUAAAGCUACGAUAAUCCAUUGA